AUCAAGGCCACGCUGCCCGAAUACUAUACUGCACCGCCAUGGCGCCUUCUCUGGGAUGAUUUGGUGCUCUUCAUUAGAUGCAUCGGGUCCAUCCCCUUCGUCAUCACUCCCCUAUGGUAUCCUCGGCGAGAUGGAGUCCGAUACCCAAAGCUCGACAAGUCAUGGGUGCCGAGAUGGCUCCUAUGGGGCCCCAUCGACAGCGCCAUCACGGCCAUCCAAACCUGGUAUCAAGGCAAAGUCGACCCCUACUAUCCCUCCGGCGAGAUGGAUGAGCUGUAUCCUUCGGUCGGAAACCUUUGGUGUCUCUUUAUACACGGUAUCCUCAUCGUCACGCAACUGGCUUUCUUGAUUUCACUACCGUUCCUGGCUACCCUUCCCUUCCAGUUCUUCGUGCUGUACGUCGGCGGAUUCAUCUUCGUCAACUAUAUCUUCUGCUUACAGCUCAAUGCCGGAACCGAGAACAACUUGCUCAAGUCUCAGCAUGCUUUGUGGCCAGAGGCGGCUAAAUGGAAGUCGCUGGACCCCAACGAGAACUACAGCGAAGAAUGGAUCUUUCUUAACGGCGUGUCCGUUGGCUCGCAUUGGCUGCAGGGGAAUAUCAACAGACUAUCACGCACUUUUCAGCGUCCCAUCACCGGUGUCCAUAACAGAACGUCUGGAAUCAUCUUCGACCUUAUCCAGUGUCUCCUGGAGCGAUGCUUCUACUUUGGUACCUCGGACACCAGAACUUGCUAUGCGCUCAUCACAGCUGCCCUGGACCCUGCGCAGAAGAAAGACAAAACAGUUCUCAUCCUUCACUCUCAAGGUGGCCUUGAGGGCAGCAUCAUCCUCGAUUGGCUCCUCUCCAACUACCGCCGAGAGACCUUGCAUAAGCUGGAGAUCUACACUUUCGGUAACGCUGCCAACCACUUCAACGACCCCGAAACUUCUAAAAAUGAACACGUUAUUGGGCACAUCGAGCAUUAUGGCAACACUGGUGACUUUGUAUCCCAAUGGGGAGUCAUUCAUUUCAAGUCUCUGGUUGCCGAGCAAAGCAAUCCUCAACCAAUGGAUGGAAGGCAUCCUUUCUUGCCCAUCGUGGAUGACAUUUUACGCCUUGAUAAGAGACAGAACACUUUUGCUGGACUACUUUUCGAGAACAACGUGUUGGGUCACCUGUUGAACCAGCAUUAUCUCGACAGACUGUUUCCCUUGAAUGAAACCCUCACUGGCGUCGUAGAGAGAAAGGAGUAUUUCAUGGCCAAGCGUAUGAAAGCUGGAAAUGGCAGUUGCGACGUCGAAGGGCACAAGGUUUGCCAAAAGAGCAGGCUAUGGGAGUAUAUCAAUGGUGGAAAGCCUAGAGAGUAUAAUUUGCAGCAGUCGUUGACAUGA